GCUAAAACUUGGACUUUCUUCUCCACUGCUGAUUUGUGAAAGUGGAGACCAAUAAUGCGCAUUGUCACUGUUAUUGCAUCACAACUUUGUGCAAAAAAAUGUGUUAGUGAGAGCUGAAGAAAUCUUGGAGAAGGAAGAGAUGACCAGCGAAAGGCCCGAUUAUGAUUCUGUAGAGCAUCUUUGGGAGUUGCAUGCUAGGAUUUUAGCAAGAUAUGGAGGUGAAGAUGCGGAUACAGCUGAUCUGCACCAGAAAGUGAACUCUUUUUCAUCCAAGUUCAAAUUUCUGUCGAUGUUUCUUGGUUAUACUCAAAGGUGGAGUGAUGCCCAUGAAGUUGUGCCCAACUUGGAUUCCCUGCUGAUCAAAAUUGCAAUUGCGGCUCAGGCAUUCAGGGAAGAACUUCUUAAUAUUACUUGUGUUUACCAACCAACUCACUUCUUCCUUGCUACAUUUACUGGUCUAAAUGAAAAGAUUGAACUGUUGAAGCCAGAAAUCAGUGAAGCUUACCUCCAACAUUUGUCCAGCCACAACUUUCACCCUCUCCCACCCAGUGCUCAAACCUCUGACUGGCAUCCAUUUUUGGUAUUGGUGAUGAAGAAUCUGUCGUUUAUCCGGAAGGAGUAUAACUUGGUUGGUCCCCUUUGGAAACGUAUGAAAGCUUUCAAUAAGAACCUGAAAUCCUUCCUACGCUUUAUAAUAAAUACUGAUUUCCCUCAUUGUGAAGUGGUUAUCCAAGCGGCACAUGUUUGCUGUUGGUUUUUUUAUACAGGAAUGGAUCAAAACGGUAUGGCUAUGUUGCUUGCCGAUCUGCAGCACAAGAUUGAUCUUGCUUCUCCAGAAUUCUUCGAAAGGAUUCUGGAAUUUCUGCAACACCAUCAGAAGUAUAAUGUUGACUUUGUCCGGGAAAUGCUACAUGUUUCCGGGACAUCUGGGCUUGAAAAUAGGUUGGUAUCCUUGUUAACCUGUGCCCUAAAAUCGAUGGAGACAAAGAAGCUGGAUUUGCAUUGGUUUUCUAAGCAUAUUAAACCCCUGUUUGUGGAAGCCAGAUCUCUCGGAGAUACAACUUUGGAAGCAUGUAAAACUGGCCAUGUCGUUUUAUUUGCAAGGAUUUGGUUUCUCGAGGCUGAGAUUUUCCUCAAGGAACAACAGCCUGGUGGCAGCAGCACCCUCCUCUCACUCUCAAUCAAGGAUCAAGUCAAAUUCCUAUAUGAUGAGUCGAAUUUUCUGAGAGAAUCUCUCACUCCACAGGAGAAGUUGGAAAAUCAGAUGUUGGAGCUUAUUGAACAAAUACCUAAGCAGGUGGAUUAUCUUUACGAAUCUUCUCAAUCUCAUGCCAAGGGAUUCAUACCAAGCAAGAUAAGGGAUGUACUUUAUAAGUUUCUUGUCCAGAUGAUGCUUUUCAGCACAAAGGAACUUUUGUCGAACUUAAUCAAAAGUCAUGAAAGUUUCACGUUCCUUAUGAAGCGGCAAAUUGGAACUCUCCAUGAGGAACUCACAAUGGUGAUCGAAAUUGUCUUCAAUCAAUUUAAAGAAAUCACAGAGGAUGAGAGACUCACCUUGACAUGUAUUGAAGAAUUGGCUUCUGGAGUCACAUCUCUUUGUAAUUCUUUUCCAGCUGAUGAAAUCACUGAAGAAGCUAUGAAUAAAAUGGGUCUUUGGCUAUUUGAUUUGCUCGAAAGGGUUCAGACUUUGCAGGCAAAGCUUAAAGAGCUUUAUCUUCAAGUUCCAAUGUUAAAUUUCCCCAAGACCCCUGCACUAGGCUUCAUUGAGUUUCUACAGCAAAAAUUAAAACAGUUGCUGAAGUGGAAUCCUGAUUCAGUCGCACAUUUGACCAAUCGUAUUGAAACCAUUUCUGAGGAUUUUGAGUUCUUGAUAUCUCAUUUAAUAGAUUUCAAAGAGAAGGGCGUAGAGAAUCACGGACGAAAGGAACUUUGUACCCGUCUUAUUCAUGUGGCGCAUGAGGCAGAAUAUGCCAUUGAUUCGUUGGUGGUCAAAAGUGGUGAUGAAUGGAACCAAUUUCUGUGGCUUUAUCACAUCUCAGAAGAGAUCAGACUCAUUAAGAUGCAGGUCAGACCAUUUCAAGGCAAGGCCAUUGCUGUGGGAGUCCAGAAUGCUGUCCAGACUACAAGGCAUGAGAUUCCACGGACUAGAGCCACUGGAACUAGUGAAGAUGUGUUGAUUCUCAAUGAUCAGCAGAAAGAAAUAGUUAAUCUACUUAAAAGAGAAUCAACGCAUAGAGAUGUUAUCUCCAUUGUUGGAAUGCCUGGAAUCGGUAAAACAACUUUGGCUAACCAAGUGUAUAAUGACCCCGAAAUUGUUGGUUCCUUCCAUAUUCGUGCAUGGUGUUAUGUUUCACAAGUAUACACCAAAAGAGACUUGUUACUUGAAAUUUUGAGCCAUAAUCAGCCCAAUGAUAAGAUCCAUGCAAUGGAAGAUGAAGAUUUGGAAUUGCUGUUGUAUCAAAGCUUGAGAAGAAAUCGGUACCUUAUCUUUUUGGAUGACGUGUGGGAUAUUGGGGUUUGGGAUAACUUACAGUGCUCUUUCCCAAAUGACCAAAAUGGAAGUAAAAUUUUGAUAACCAGCCGGCUUUCUGAUGUGGUUUCUAAAGUUACACCGGAAAGUGAUCUUGUUAAACUUCGUCCACUCUCCGAUGAUGAAAGUUGGGAGUUACUAAGGAUGAAGAUAUUUCCUGAAAAACGCUGCCCUGAGAAAUUACGGGAAGUUGGAAGGGAAAUUGCUGAAAAAUGUCAAGGACUGCCUCUUUCAGUCGUUGCAAUUGCAAGUCUCCUUAAAGGGAGAAAAAUGAAACCAGAAUCAUGGAAACAAAUUGUACGAAGUUUAAAUCCACGCAUCAUCGAUGAUCCUCAGACACGAUGCAUGGAAAUCUUUGAACUGAGUUACAAGAAUUUGCCAGAUUAUCUCAAAGCAUGCUUUCUUUACCUUGCAGUAUUUCAAGAAGAUAAGGAGAUUCCAGUUCAAAAAUUGACAUGGCUAUGGAUGGCUGAAGGCUUUAUCCAGGAGAAAAAUUCAAAGAGCUUGGAGGAUCUUGCGGAGGAUUACUUGAUAGAUCUGAUUGGAAGAAGCUUAAUAACAGUUGCCAAAAGGAGGUCGGAUGGCGGAGUCAAAUCCUGCCGACUUCAUCACUUGGUACGUGCUCUGUGCUUGCUAAAAGCCAAAAAAGAAAACUUUUUGGAGUUCAUAACUAGUGAUGACAAACCUUAUGCUUCUUUUGAUGAUGAUCUGGAUUUGGAAGAAUUUGAACCUUCGUACCCCAUGAAUUAUGAUGGAUAUCGACUAAGCAUUUCUACGAGGCGAAAUCACUUUGUUAUGUCGACGCCUUCUGGCUCCUAUGUUCGUACUCUACUGUUCUUUGCCACCGGUGAUACAUAUCCAAGAUGCCCUUAUGAUAUCUCAUUCAUUUCUAGGAAUUUUAAGCUUCUUAAGGUUUUGGAUUUGGAAUGCAUCAAUAUGGGCAAUUUGUUUGCAGCGGGGAUUGAUUUACUUCUUCAUUUGAUUUAUUUAGCUGUGGGUGGGGACAUAGACUGUAUUCCAUCAUCAUUAGCCAACUUAAGGAAUCUUGAAAGUUUCCUUGUCAAGGGAUUGAAAGGCAAAGUUAUAUUACCAGAUGCAAUUUGGCACAUGGCAAGAUUGAGACAUGUUCGUGUAAAAGAUCGUCUUAGCUUCAACUUGAAAGAUCUUCAGGUUGGAAUUUCUACCCAAUUAAAUAACUUGGUCUCUCUCUCCUCGGUAUCUCUUUCUCCUGGGGAACAUGCUGAAGAAAUAAUAAGGAGGUUGCCAAAUGUUCGAAAGUUGAGUUGCAUCAUUUUAAGAUCAAGAAAUUAUUCCGUGGAGUGCAUUGAAUUUCCAAGAUUCGAACGUUUGACCGAGUUGAUGGCACUUAAGAUAUCGUACCGCGGUAAGGGUCUUAAUGUGAGUGCAUUUGACUUCCCCAAGAGUCUUAAGAAGUUGUCUCUGUCAAAUUUCUUCUUGCGAGGGUAUCAUAUUUCGAAAAUUGGGAGUCUAUCAAAUCUUGAGGUUCUCAAACUCCGUUCCAUAGUUUUUAAGCAUACAAAUUGGCGUCUGAUUAAAGGCAAGUUUCGCCAGCUCAAAUGCUUGAAACUAGAGAGUGUAAACAUUGUGAAAUGGAAAGCCAACAGUGAACGCUUGCCUAGUCUUCAGCACCUGGUCUUGCGAAGAUGCGAGAAUCUCAAGAAGGUUCCCGUUGAUUUUGUGAAAAUUGAGACAUUGCAGAUAAUCGAAGUGCAGGGAUGCAGAGAGUCUGUUGAGAUAUCACUUAGGAGACUUAAGGAGGAGGAGCUACAUCAAUAUGGAACUGACAUUCUGAAGGUGCUCAUCAAUCAUUAAGUGGGGAUUUCAAUCUCUGUCCCAGAGAUUCCAUUAACAAGUGAAGAAAAACUUGCAGAGUCUCAGAAGAUCAUGGAAAUGAAUGGGCAGAACUUGCAUCAGGCAGUUCUGGUGUAGUUGAUUCUCUUGCACUUGGAUGAAAAUUUCUCCCAUGUUUGGAUAUUCUGCAUUUCACUUUCCCUUCUAGCUUGAAACAUAUCUAUAUUAUAACACAUUUCAGUUAAGUUUCCUUGUCCGAUUUUUGGAUCAGACCCUUUAUCUGCAUUGUCAUUGUUACCUUAGUGUUAAUACAGGCUUGUACGCGAGGAUGAUGGUAUUAUUGUGAAACAGCUGCAAAAGUUUCCUGUUACCUGUAAAGUUUCUUUUUAUCUGUUUCAUUUGCAAUUGCAGCCUGUAUGCUUCCUGCU